UUAACGUUUUAGUAAGCGCGAAUACUGAGUGAUAUUCAGGCUUUAGGACCCAGCAGAUUACUAUGUCGCGGGGAGCUGCCCCACCAUGUCAUUGGCGGAGAGCUUGCCACGUGCAACAUUUUUUAAUGUUUCUUGACUCGACCUGACAGCUUUUUACACAGAGGCAGCAGACCACCCGCUCAAAGGAAGCUGGAUUCUGCCGGUUCUGGUCGGGUAUUGGAAGGCUGCUGCAGCUAGAGAAGCAGAGGAACCAUUCACUAGGUCUUUGGUCAAACAUUUCUGGAGGACAAAUAUCAGCGCUCCACCAUGGCACUGAGCCCCACGUUUGACAUUGACGCCCCGCGAUGGGACCAGUCCACCUUCACGGGACGGCUCAAACACUUCUUUAACAUCACCGACUGGCGGACGGCGCUCCUGCCCGACUCGCGCUUGGAUGAGGCCAAAGCCUUGGUGGACAGCUGCAGGGCGGGUUCAAUCCCACCGGGUACCACCGAGGAGCAACUCCAUUACGCCAAGAAGCUGUACGACUCGGCCUUUCACCCCGACUCGGGCGACCGUAUGAACAUCAUCGGCCGCAUGUCCUUUCAGGUCCCCGGCGGCAUGGCCAUCACCGGCUGUAUGCUCCAGUUCUACAGAACUGUGCCUGCGGUGGUCUUCUGGCAGUGGGUCAAUCAGUCCUUCAACGCGCUGGUCAACUACACCAACCGCAACGCCGCCUCGCCCAUCACCCCUAAGCAAAUCGGCGUGGCCUAUGUGACGGCCACCAGCACGGCUUUAGCCACGGCAGUGGGACUUAACCUCUACACCAAGAAAGCCCCCCCGCUGGUGGCACGAUGGGUCCCUUUUGCGGCCGUGGCAGCGGCCAACUGUGUCAACAUUCCCAUGAUGCGACAACAGGAAAUUUUGAACGGCAUCGCUGUCACCGAUGAAAACGGCAACAAGCUGGGACACUCACAGAAAGCGGCGAUGAAAGGCAUCACACAAGUGGUCAUCUCCAGGAUCACCAUGGCUGCACCGGGAAUGAUCAUCCUUCCCAUCAUCAUGCAACGGAUGGAAAAAUACAAAUUCAUGCAGAGAAUCACGUACCUCCACGGGCCCAUUCAAGUGAUGAUGGUGGGCGUCUUUUUGACCUUCAUGGUACCAGCAGCCUGCGCUCUGUUCCCGCAAAGAUGCACCCUUGCAGUGUCGAAGCUCGAGCCCGAACUCCGCGACUCCAUUACAGCCAAGUGCGGCGACAGCGUGCAGUGCGUCUAUUUCAACAAAGGCCUCUGAGAAGCCCACCUGCAGGACUCACUGCCUCCUUAGACUCCUUCUUUCCUCAAUUGUUACUCAGAUGUUUAAAAAGGUGCUUAUUAUGUGGAACUAAUAUCGUAUACACGAGGGAUUUUUUGAUGAAUGCUUUUAAAUUCACCUAUGAUGAUUUUAGUUACUCUCUCAUUACAAACCAAAUAAUCUCUUCUCAGGAAUUUUCUUUUUAUGACUUUGCAAGCUCGUAACUGAACAAACCAACUCAAAACAACGGUACAUUUUUUUCCCCCUUAAAACAUUUACGUGCCUUGGACAUUAUUUUUAAAGCAAAAAGGCCUCCUGGACAUUCUUAAAACACUUCUGUGCACGGCUCAAGAUGGACAAACGACACAGCUGGUUUGAAAAAAUAAAGGUGUUGUGCAAAAUGGAGGACUGUAUGCAUGAUUCAUCUGAAAUUGUGUACAAAAUUGAUACCACAAUCAACAGUGUAUGUUGGAAUAAAAUAUAAUAUUUAAAAUUAA